GACGGCUGAGGAGGAUUCAAUUAAACGGCGGCAUGUUUGUAGCUUUUUUUUUUUUUCACUAUGGGUAGAGCAGACGUGACUUGUCCAUGAUGCGUUCAUUUGGCGGGAGUCUCAUUUUAACCCAUUAGUGUAUCUAAUAUGCCCCGGACUAUCACGUGAUUAGAUCCAAAAGUUAGUUGAAACUUUUUUUUUUGUAUUUCUAAAAAAAGUUUGUGAAUUUUCUUUUCGGAUUUACUAACAAAUGAAAUUAAAAAAAAAAGGGAAAAAAUCUUCAAUUACUUUAGUUAAAAGUAAAUACUAUACAUUGCUACUACAUAGAUGUGGAUCAGUCUAAGAGGAUAUUUUGUUUGAUUUUGUUUCAGAUUUGUUUCUUUUUCAGUCGGAGUUUUUAAUUUUAUAUCUUUGUAAAGCGUAUCCGAUAAGACUUCAUUAUGUUGCUGAAUUUCAUUUUCAAAAAAAGGAUUUUUUUUCGGUCGAGACUAGGACUUGGACCUAAUUAAGAGUUAAAGCAGCCAGUGUUUCUAAUGAAAAUGGAUAUCAUACAAUCAGGAUUGACUAACUGAUCAAGCUGGAUGCAGUUCCAAAGUAUGAAAUGUACUAAAGUGGCAGCCCCUUGUGAACUAUAAAAUCCAAUUAGCUAUAGAAGUGUACAAAUGGAUUAGUUCUUCGAAAGCUAUGUCCAGCAGUUUUCACUUUGUAACCAGGAGUAAAAGUUGUCAACAUUUGGCUCUGAUCGCAAGGGUUGAGACUCCAAACAUGAAAAUGAUUGCGUAAUAUAAUCUCUGGAGUCUUGUUUCUAUGCUUACCCAUGAAUGAACUGUUAACGAUUCAGUAUGAAUCUAGACGUGAGGAUCAGCUUCCCGGACCAGUCGGUCCCCCUGGACCACACGACACUGUCCAGCACCCUGACCGCGGCUGCGGUUGCCUCGGGUGGCAACGUGAGCCACUACCCGAGCCACGUCGGGAUCAGCAGCGGGAACUGUGGCUCCAACGGGACGGAUGAGUAUGAAGAGUUCUACAAGACGGCGCAGUACGUGACGGGUCUGAUCAUCUACCCCAUCUUGUGCAUCACCGGCGUCCUUGGCAACUCCCUCUCCCUGAUAGUGCUGAGCCACAAGGACAUGGCCACAUCCACCAACAUCUAUCUUUUGGCUCUCGGCAUAUCUGACUCACUCAAGCUGCUGAACGACUUCCUGUAUUGCAUCAUGCUCAUUAUAUCCAUGAGCAACCAGGGCGCCGCUGAAAGCAUGAUGGCCAAUGUCUACCCCUACGCCCAUUACGUCUUCCAGGUUGCUGUCAGUGUCACAGCCUGGCUGACGGUGGCAGUGGCAGUGGAUCGUUACAUCUCCGUCUGCUACCCGUCCCGCUCCAAGACUCUCUGCACCAUCCCCAAGGCCAGGACCGUGGUCACCUCCAUCUUCGUCAUCAUCAGCCUCCUUUCCAUACCCUCCGUCUUCCGGUACCGCCUGGAGACCAUCGUGGACGUCCACAACAACAUCACCUGCCAGGACGUGAUGGUGACCGAGCUGGGCAGGAACAAGCAGUUCAUGAUCCCGUACACCUGGGUUCAAAACCUGCUCCGGGGCAUCGUUCCGGUCUUCAUCCUCGUCUUCAUCAACGCCAAAAUCAUCAACGUCUUGAGGAGGGAGAGAGUGAAGGGCAAGAAGCUGAGCUCUAGGAACAGAAUCACCCUCAUGCUCAUCGCCAUGGUCCUCAUCUUCAUCCUCUGCCUGACCCCGGACGCCAUCAUGUCCACUUUUUUCGGGAAAGGCUACGUGGAGGAGGACUACAUGACAAAAGGCAUAAGGGAGAUCACCGACUGCCUCGUACUUCUGAACUCUGCUGUCAACUUUAUUCUGUACUGUUCCCUCAGUGCCAUAUUCAGAAACACCUUCAUGAGAGUCUUCUUCGGGCGGCGAUACGUCAAGAUGCGAGGUGGCUCCUGUCGCCAGAUCAGCAGGGAUGGGACGUCUAUCAUCAAGCCCAAAAACAACGCUUCCUUCCGCCAAAACAACAAAGGUGGCGGCGAGCGACGCAAAUCCAGCAUUCGGGAGCUGGAUCUGGAAGCAGGGGAGAUCAGCGACGAAGAAUACUCUCCGAAAACUCUCUCCACUGCAAACGGAUGUAAACAAACAAAGUUGAAUUUCUGGAACAAGGAUAAGCCACAGCGGGAUAACUCUUACGAGAUGUCCGACAAGUCAGCAGACGUGAGGAUGUUAUCAGGCGUGUACAUGGGGCCCAUGGAGCCAGAUCCGAGGUUCAUGCCUUCAUUCCUGAAACCUAAAGAGACCAACAAAAUGAUUGGCUCUGCUGUGGUAGAGAAUGAGAUAGGAAAUCAUAAGACGUUUAACCACAGCAAAGACAUGGAAGACGCUAGUGACACCAAAGUGUUGUUUCUAUGCCAAGAGAACAGCUCGGACGGCGUGCCACUUUAGUUCAGAUAGAAAUCUUCAAGGCGCCAACUUUGAUAUUUGCCAAUCAGCAAAUUUAAACAAAAAUUGUGGGAAAACAAUAACAAAAGUGCCAUAAAUCUGUCCAGUCCUGGACCAUAAAUUGUAUGUAUCACUAUUUUAAAGGGAGAGACUUUGGACCUCUCUGAGGUCUGAGACAUUUCUGAUAAACUGAUUUCGACAUUUACACAGACAAGAAUUUAACAGCAUUAUUGACGACAUCCUUAGUUAGAGGUGUAAAAUAAGUUUUUAAAAGACAACUCUAGUCUGUCGUAUGUCUCAACGAUACGCUAAGAUGCAAAUAGAUUCAUAGAUAAUUCGUAUUCACAAGGUGAAAAUGAAUAACUAUAACAAUAUGAAUCAAUAGCUUCAAGUACACUAGAUGACUGCGUCAGAGAAUGACAAUGACGUUCCACUAUUAUAAGAUAAAAUUGUGGCAGUGUUUGUUAUUCGUGUAUAAAAUUAAGACAUGAUUUA